CAGAGAAUUGAGAAGGAAAUACAUGAAGAAACCUGUCGGACGUUAAGACCCUGGAGAGCAGCAGGAUGCUAACAGGGCGCUAACAGCUAACUGCUGCCACAAGAAUUCAUGAACUACAUUACCAUUGGUAUUUGACUGUUUGACUGAGACUUAGUCAUGUCUCAAGUUGAGAAGAAGGCAGGGCUGCUGAGGAGGACGUCAUCCUCUAAAAAGCCUUUGAAAGAGAAGGUGGUUCUGAUGUACGACGAGAUUUUUGCUAAAGAAGACCCGGCUAAAAAUAACCCUCGCUUCUGGGACGAGCUGUUUCUCAUGAAGGUGAACUUGGAGUACCUGGAGUCCAAAUUGGAGAGUGUAAACGGGGAGGAAGUGCAACGUAUCCAAGACAACAUCAACUCCCUGUUUCACCACUGCGUCCAGGCUCUAGGAGAGGAGCACCAGAUCAAAGUAGUCAACGCCCUGCAGACGCUCUGUGCGCUUUUCCGAGGGGUUCAUCAGAAGAACAAGUCUGCAUCCGGCUUCGACAUCAUUAACAUGCUCAUGGGCUUUGACAAGGCGGAGCAGAGGAUGAAGGACCUGAUGGAGAGAUUGGACAGCCUGCUUUGUGGCGACAGCUCAGAGAGCCUCAAGAGCCUUUGCCUGAAAUUGUUACUGUGUUUGGUGACGGUAACGGAUAAUAUAAGCCAGAACACAAUUCUGGAAUAUGUGAUGAUCAACAGCAUUUUUGAAGCUAUUCUACAAAUUCUGUCGGAUCCGUCCAGCAGAGGGCAGCAUGGGUAUGAUGCUGUGGUGCUGCUGGCGCUUCUGGUCAACUACAGGAAGUACGAGUCUGUGAAUCCGUACAUCGUGAAACUCUCCAUUGUGGACGACGAGCCGACGCUCGAUGGCAUGGGCGUGGUCCUUCAUCAAGCUCUGACAGAAUAUAACAGACAGUACAAAGAUAAAGAGGAAGAGAACCAGGGCGGGUUCUUCUCAACCCUCACUAGUAUGGUGGGCAGCAUGUUUAUAGCAGAUGUUGAUGAGAAACUCUCUGUGCAGACAAACGAGGCAAUUCUGCUGGCACUUUACGAGGCGGUCCACUUGAACAGGAACUUCAUCACAGUGCUGGCACAGAGCCAUCCUGAGAUCGACAUCCCAGUCACACCCAGCACUCCCACUCCAACCACACCAACAACACCACUCGGCACGACGCCGCCCUCCCUAGAUGUGAUGAAUAACCCGGAGCUGCCCUUGGAUCCCAACCUGCAGACCAGCAACCUUCUCAUUACCUUCCUCAAGUAUGCCUCUAUCGUAACGCAGGAUACUAAAGACGAGCAUCGACUCAACAGCGCCAGACUGUGCCUGAUCAUCCUCACGUGCAUCGCCGAGGACCAGUACGCCGACGCCUUUCUCCACGACGACAACAUAAACUUCAGAGUCAGCCUCCACAGGAUGCCGAUGAGACACCGGAAGAAAGCGGCGGGUAAAAACAUCCCUUCACGUCCGCUGGUUUGUGCUGUUCUAGAUCUGAUGGUGGAGUUUGUCAUCACUCAUAUGAUGAAGGAUUUCCCCAUGGAUCUGUACUUGCGCUGCGUUCAAAUCAUUCACAAACUGCUAUGUUACCAGAAGAAAUGCAGAAUCAGACUACACUACACCUGGAGAGAGCUGUGGUCAGCUCUCAUCAACCUGCUGAAGUUCCUGCUGUCAAAUGAAACAACACUACUGGCCAAGCACAACAUCUUUCACCUGGCCUUGCUGGUGGUGAACUUGUUCAACAUGUUUAUUACCUACGGAGACACAUUCCUGCCCACAUCCAACAGCUACGACGAACUGUAUUACGAAAUUGUCCGAAUGCACCAGGUCUUUGACAACCUCUACUGCAUGGUUUUGAGAGUAUCCACCAACACAGGACAGUGGAAGGAGGCAGCCAGCAAAGUCACGCACGCCCUCGUCAACAUUCGUGCCAUCAUCAACCACUUCAAUCCCAAGAUUGAGUCGUACGCCGCAGUGAACCACAUCUCCCAGCUGUCAGAGGAACAGGUUUUGGAGGUGGUCCGCUCCAAUUACGACACUCUGACCCUGAAGCUGCAGGACGGUCUGGACCAGUUUGAGAGAUAUUCAGAGCAGCCAAAAGAAGCUGCGUUCUUCAAGGAGCUGGUGCGCUCCAUCAGUCUGAACGUGAGGAAGAACGUCUCUCUGAACACGCUGAGUCAGGACGUGCUGCUCAAAGAGUUCUCCACCAUCUCCUGAGCCUUUGGGUUGGCCUUCAUGUGCAUGUGGACCCAUACACACACACACACACACACACACACACACACACACACACACACUCACACUCACACACAGACCAGACAAGUCCUCAACGGUUCUUUCCAUUUCCACAACCUUUGUCAAAGUAAACCAAGCGGUGGAAAACCGACGGACGCCGCGCCGGCCGACCCGGACGCAGCAGUCCAGUCCCUGUCCACGCUUUCUUCUUCUGUGGUUUUGGAGGUGUCUGAAUGCAAUCAGCUGGACUGUUACUGACAGGGGAACAAAAAGUAUUCCUCCUGCUGUUCAAAUAAUCCCAGUUCAUGACA